ACAAUGGGAUAGAACAGUUAGAGCGAUAUCCAGCAAAACAAGUUGCUUCAAACCUAUUGUUUUAAAACCUCUAGAAUUCUCUAUGUCAUAUUUCUUGAACUUCAGCUAAUUGUAAGUUACUGAAAAUUAGAAAGUGAGACCGGUGAUAAGGGAGACUUCUAGAGGACUUGGCGAUGACUGCUUUGUGCACGGAGAGCUGGCCUGGUCAGAAGAAAUCCAGAAUUAAACCACGUGGAAACUGCAUUCCCCGUCACCAGCCUGAGAACCUGAGAGCGCGUGUGUUCUAAUUUGGUCAGAAGAACCCAGAUGUGACCCCGCCUUGACUUUGAUGAACUGAAAAUGACAUCCAGAAGCAGCUGGCACCUGCCGGGGCAGUGCUGAGUGAGGGUCAGCGCUGUGGAGCCAGACAGUUGCAUCUAUGAGCCAGAGGUAGACAGUGGCUCAGCCUCCUGAGAUGAAGACUCUGAGACUCAGAGAGGUCAAGAGACUCCACUGACGUGGCACAGCAGAUAUCCAUCAACCUCUGUACCUUCUCGGAGAUGCCCUUUAAGUUCCCAUCCCUGGUGACAGCCUGGGAAACACAACGCUUUAAUUAAGGAUUGUCUCAAGCCACACUUUCUGGAGGAGGGCGGCCAAGCAGCCGGCCCCACUUCCUGUACCAAGACUUUCUUACAGGUCCUUCAGGGGUUCACUCAGGCUAAGGAUUACACCUUGAUCCCUUUUUUGUCGGGGAGAACAUUGCUCUCCCCAGCCUGCAUUAACCUCAUCAAGCCACAGUUUCAACUUUGCUUGGGGUUGCAAAAGAGGCAGACCACGCUGUUUACCCAAAGGAAGACAACACAGUCACCGACUGCAUCUCAUGGUCUGCCAUCAUGUGCCACACAGAGAUAUCCCAAGCCCAGACCUAGGCGUGUCUCCAACAGACCAAAGUUUACCCUAGCUGCCUCAGAGGUCUCCCCUUCCUGCUGCCUGCUCCUGCAUCUCUGGGAUCUGCCCAUCUCUGCACAGGGCCUCUCUCCUCUCUGUCACCACCACCCCCAUUAACACAGAGGACCCAGCAAAGUGUGGAGAUGGUGAACAUGAGGAAGAGGAGCCUCAAGUGGCUCACCUUCCUCCUCCUUCUCCUCUUCCUCACAUCCUUCGUCUUGAACUACUCAAGCACGGGAGUGCCCACUGCCUGGUUCUCCAAGCAGAUGGUCCUGGGCUUCUCUGACAACUUACGCAAGCUCAUCAAGUCGCAGCCGUGCACCUGCGCACACUGCAUCAGCGAAGGCAAGGUCUCGCCCUGGUUCGACCAGCGCUUCAACAAGACCGUGCAGCCGCUGCUGACAGCCCACAAUGCUCUGAUGGAAGAGGACACAUAUCAGUGGUGGUUGAGGCUCCAGCGGGAGAGGAAACCUAACAACUUGAGUGACACCGUCAAGGAACUGUUCCGUUUGGUUCCUGGGGAUGUGGACCCUGUGCUGGGCAAGAGGUUGGUGGGUUGCCGGCGCUGUGCAGUCGUAGGAAACUCUGGGAACCUGAAGGGCUCCUCCUAUGGGCCUGAGAUUGACAGCCACGACUUCGUGGUGAGGAUGAACAAGGCACCCACGGUGGGCUUUGAGGCAGAUGUUGGGAGCAGGACCACCCACCAUCUUGUGUAUCCUGAGAGCUUUCGGGAGCUGGGAGAGAAUGUCAGCAUGAUCCUGGUCCCCUUCAAGAUCACUGACCUGCUGUGGGUGGUCAGCGCCACCACCACGGGCACCAUUACUCAAACCUACGUCCCUGUGCCCUCGAAGAUCAAAGUGAAAAAAGAGAAGAUUCUGAUCUACCACCCAGCCUUCAUCAAGUAUGUCUUUGACAGAUGGCUUCAGGGGCAUGGGCGGUACCCAUCCACUGGCAUCCUCUCGGUCAUCUUCUCCAUUCAUGUCUGUGAUGAGGUGGACUUGUACGGCUUCGGGGCAGACAGCAAAGGGAAUUGGCACCAUUACUGGGAAAACAACCCGUCUGCGGGUGCAUUCCGAAAGACGGGGGUGCAUGAUGCGGACUUCGAGUACAAUGUUACAACCACUCUGGAAGCCAUCAACAAAAUUCGCAUCUUCAAGGGGAGAUGAUGCCGCGACCCUUUAAGGAUGGACAUACCACAUCUCACCUCUCAACUUGCAGCCCCAGCAUCUCACUGGAGCCAUUCUGUUCCAGAAAUUUCCAGGGCUGAACUUGGGGUGUUCCCAGGCUUGCUGGCAGCCUCUUGCACCCUCAUUUUGGUAGCAUCUAUUUGACAUAGCUGUCCAAUUCUCCCAGGGUACAGAGGAAGUCUCAGGCCUCUCUAAGGUUGGAACACUUCUCUACUGCGGUUCCCCAAGUGGGAGAAAGUGGGAGGAUACUGGGAAUGGGCUAACCUCUGAAUAAUGACCAUUAUUUUGACUUCUGGGGUGGGAGGGAUAAAUCCCGAAGAUUGCUAUGUUCAACAAAGUGGGCAUUUCCUGGAAGUCAUUUGGAGGCUGCCACUGAACUGUGGGCUUCAAGGUCAGCUCAGACUCUGACUGGGGUGUUUGUGACAGUUAUCUCUGAAGCAGAGCCACAAUGGGCUACACCAGCACUGGGGCAAGAUACUAUUCUCCUUUGCAUGAAGCCUGGCCUGUCACUUGAUAUGGCAUCCCCAUUGUCCCUUUCUUCCAAAAGCUCACUGAUGAUGGCUGGGAAGAGCUUCCGAUUGCAGGGGUCUUCCGCAGAAAGCUGGCCAUGUUACUGACUGGAGGGAAACCCUCUUCACCACCCUGUGUGAUCGUCCUCCAGGAUGAUACAUUUGUAUGGACAGAGCAGGUUUGACUCCUUCCACGUGCCUUUGAACUUGAGGAAGAAACGCAUGCGUUGGCUGACAUGAAGCAAAAUCCCCAACUGGAAAAAGGGGACCACCACCAGCACCCUGCUUUGCUGCCUAGCUCAGAAUCUCUUCUCUGAGGAUACUCUGUACCACUCAGAGUGUGCCAGGCAUGGGAUGAUGGGUGCUCACUUCUCUUUCCUCAGACUGUUGGGUUCAGGACCACUGAUAACCAGCAUCCUCCCCUGGGUCCUGAACACUGGAUCAAGUCUCUAGCAGCCACCUUCCUGGAGUCCUUGGGGUCACAAUGAGGACCCCCUAGGAACACAACUGAAAUGCAUGUACCUCUUCUCCUCACUCCCUCUGUCCUCCCCUUCUCCCUACAGACUUCCUGUUAUUUAUUGGUUUGUUCAUUCAGCCAACCCUGUGCACUCUCUUCCCCAAUGCUGCUCGCAGUGUUUAUGUUGCUUUGCCUGGCAAGCGGAAGUAGGACUAGAAAGGAAAGCAUCUGAACAUCCUGGACCUAUGUGUUGAGACAUCAGGACUGGGGGCUAGCUGGUGGGCAGAUCCUAUGGCACUGAUGAUCCUUUGUACAACCCAUGCCAUCGCCCUUUCUAGUACAGCUGACUUGCCUUCUUCCUCAUUGCAGAAGGGAACUCCCUCAGACUGAGACCUCCGGCCUCACUGACAUGACAACUCUUUGGUGAGGGAAUUGAGACAAGGGGAAACAGGCAUUGGCGGUAACUGUCACGCCCUUACAGAUGUUCAAUAAGAGAAGCCUUUGCUUCUGUUGACAGUAUUCCCUAAGGACCACUGCAGUUUCAUCAAAGUAGAAUGUGAGAGCGGUAUCUUGAGGGUUGGGAGACCUUCACUUGCUUAGGCUUCCCUCUACAGUGAGAGCUCAGGGGUCUCAAUCAGGGACUACACACAGCCUUGGGCCAUUCAUAGGCAUCACCAAAGAGCAGACACCAUCAUUGCCAUUUUCCAGGAAUCUGUCCUGUGAGUGGCUUUGCUGUAGCUUUUUUUUUUUUUU